CUCGAUUCGUUCUCAAACAGCCAUCAUGGCGGAUACGCUGCGAGUGGGCUCCAGCAUUAACAUCAAACGCACAGAUGGGCGCAUUCACUCGGCCGUCGUCGCCGUCAUCGACGAGGAGCACCGCAGCGCGACCGUCGAAUGGUUCGAACGCGGCGAGACCAAAGGCAAGGAGGUCGACAUGUCGGCCAUCGAGGCCCUCAAUCCGGACAUCGUCUGUCUGCGGCGCCCCGAGGAGCCGGCCCCGCCGCCCGCGCAGUUCAACAAGCUGCAGCGCGACCCGACCCGCCAGUCCAUCGCCAGCGUCAAGCAGCCCAACGGGCCCUCGGCCCACCAGUCGCGCAGGACCAUCGUGCCCAGCAACGGGCAAACGAUCACCUCCAGCGUCGAGCCGAAGGAGAGCCAGAUACCCACCAGCAGGACCUCUGUAGCCGCCAGCCAGAUCAACCCGAAGAAGAGCAACGUCGUCAAGGAGGUGGAGAAGCUGAAGAAGAACCGCGAGGAACGAAGGCAACGACAGGCCGAAGAAAAAGCCGAAAAGGAAUCCUUUCUACAGAGAGCUCCGGGGAAUCCUCAUUGGGAGCUGCAGAACAUGAUCCACGAGUACCGGCAGGGUUUGGAGAUGAAGCCGUUGAGCGAGAACGACGCCAUCGAGGACCAUCUGAUCACCGUUUGCGUGCGAAAGAGGCCUUUGAACAAGAAGGAGAACGCCCGCAAGGAGGUCGACGUCAUUACGAUCCCCAGUAAAAAUCAGCUGAUAGUGCACGAACCCAAAAACAAAGUGGAUCUGACCAAGUAUUUGGAGAACCAGGUGUUUCGAUUCGACUACGCCUUCGGCGAAACUUGCUCAAACGAACUGGUCUACAGGUAUACCGCACAGCCUUUGAUCAAAACGAUCUUCGAGGGAGGAUUCGCGACGUGCUUUGCGUACGGUCAGACAGGCUCCGGGAAAACGCACACCAUGGGAGGGGACUUUACGUCGGGCAAGAAUCAGAACUGCGAACGGGGCAUCUACGCUAUGGUGGCUGCCGACGUGUUCCGAUUGGUCAAUUCGCCGAAAUACAGCCAGUAUAAUUUCGUCGUUUCCGCGAGCUUUUUCGAAAUCUAUUCAGGAAAAGUGUUUGAUUUGCUGAAUAACAAAACCAAGCUGAGGAUAUUGGAGGAUGGCAAACAGCAGGUCCAAGUGGUGGGUUUGGAGGAAAAAAUCGUCACGAACGUACAAGAAGUAUUGGGUUACAUUCAGAAGGGCAAUCAAGCACGCACAUCAGGACAAACCUUCGCUAACAACAAUUCGUCUCGAUCGCACGCCGUAUUUCAGAUAUAUUUGAGAGCCAGCAAUAGCAUGUCGAAAGUACACGGCAAAUUUUCUCUCAUCGACUUGGCCGGUAACGAACGAGGAGCAGACACGUCGUCCUCCAACAGACAAACCAGAAUGGAGGGCGCCGAAAUCAACAAAUCCCUGUUGGCCUUAAAGGAAUGCAUACGAGCUCUGGGUCGCAAGGGAGCCCACUUACCCUUCAGAGUUAGCAAACUAACACAAGUGCUGAGGGAUUCUUUCGUGGGAGCCAAUUCCAGAACGUGCAUGAUCGCGAUGAUCUCGCCGGGCGUCAACUCGUGCGAGCACAGCUUGAAUACCCUCCGUUACGCCGACAGGGUGAAGGAAUUGGUGGCGGGCGAUUUGCAAACGAACAGCGGAUCCGACAGCGACACCGACGACGAGGGCCAUCUGAUGCAGCUGCAAUCGAUGAACGAACAAGACAUGACGCCGGAAAUGCUCAAUUUGCACAAGUUCAUAUCCGAAUUAGAAAUCGCGGAAGAAAACAUGCUUGAUAAUCAAAAGGAGACAAUCGACGAGAUGCAGAGGAGUUUGGCGAAGGCCAUCGAAUUGCGCAGAACGGCGGACACGGUGGCCUACGAUCAGGAGGUGUAUUGCAAAAUGUGGAAGGACCUUAUAGAUAAUACGCUGUCGUUGUUGGUGCGGGCUCAAGAGCACGUCGAGGAUUAUAGGCAGAAAUUGGCGGCGGAGGAACAACUUAGCCGUAAAACGACUAAACAAAAGUAAAAAAUGAAAUGAUAUAUUUUAACUUGAUAGUAAUUAUUCCGCCGCAUCAGAGAUUUUUAAUUGGAUAGGUGCAUGAGGUGUUACUGUUUUGCGUGGGG